GGUCCGCUUUCGUUUGAUGUUGGCACAAAUUGUGCAUAGCGCAGAGAGUUUAUUCUCUAGUAAACUUUUAGGUUAUACAAGAAUAAAAUCAAAUAUAUAUGUUUAAUCACUAGUUCUUGUUACGAAAAGUGAUUAAAUUAACGUAACAACAAAUUUUCAUCGUCGUUCUUCAAAAAAAAUAAAGUGGAUAUAUAACAACCGUUUCGGACAAUAUCCGUAGUUCUUAUAACUUCAAAGGAAAAUACCCGACACAGACACAAUAAUGGCUGUGGAGUAGUAGUAUGUUUACGAAUUGUGGUAAUUUGAAAAUGAUUUUUAAAACAUUGGCCCGUCUCAAAUGAAAUAAAUAUUACCAAUGUGUCGGUGCAGAAAACAACAUUGUAAUAAGCCCCUGUUACUAUGGGAUGACAUUAUGGUGCGCUGCAAGAAAAUUGUUCGGGAGGUGUGGGGCGGGAAUAGUCUUGUGGACUCUGUGCAUUCUAUAGAGAUUCUUGCGAACGUAUUGCAGAAUGCCAAAGUUUCCUUUUCAUCAGGAAGAGGAUUGUAAGUAUACAUGAAACAGUUCAUCCUGAACAGCAGGGGGAUUUAGUUAUCAGCAUGUAAAAUAUAAAUAUACUAGCUACUGAACAUAAUUAAGCUGCGUAACAUUGGCAGCAGUGCACUUACUGAGUUUGCCAGGUCUGCUAUCAUUAUUAAAAUGCUCUUAAUUGCUGUUAUACAACAAUUCAGACUUUUAAAAAUAACCAGUGCAACUUACAGAUUUUCUCAGUUUGUAGAAGAUGCAGGUGAUAAUUCUGUAGCAUGAUCCUCUCCCAAAUGUCAAUGACUUUCAGGGUGGUGAGUCAGAAAUGAAAUUCUCAACAGUUAAUGUAUGUCAGCAUCAACAGAAGUUCAAGUUCUUAACCAAAUCACCAGCAUGACUCAUGAGGAUUUAAUUAUCAAGACUGAACAAAGGGAAAUGAGUGAUUACUCUUCUAGUGAUAACAGUAGAAGUGUAGGGAUUGACACAUAUGAUUUAGACUCCUAUAUCAAGGAAAAAACAAAGAGUAUUAAUUUUUCAAACAGGAGUAUAGCAACAGAUACAAGUGACUUGGAGGCUCACUAUGAAUUUUAUAAGCAAGAGUGUGUGAAACAGACUAAAACUGUUUCGACAGACACUAGGGAUCUUGACUACCUCAAACGAGUGACAUCUACCUCCGCAGCAUCAGUUGAUACAAAUGAUUUACAAACCUAUGUUGACACACAUUUUGUAAAUAUACCCUGUCAUAAUGGGAUUUGUAAAACAGAAACAGAUUUGGACUGUGAUGAUGAAAGUAUCCCAAGAGGUACUCAGAAAAUCUCAAAUUCUAGAAAUGCUGCCCACCUUGCUUCCAAAUCAAGUAACAAUCGUUACAGCCAGAGGGCAUACAGGAAUAAAUCUAAAGUUGGGAACAGAAAAUCGGUAGUGAAAGCCACUUCGAACAUUGAAGAUGAUUCUAGUGAUGAUAAGCUUGAUGAUGGUCUGUAUAUAGAUGAUAAUUCUGAAUCAAGUGAAAAUGAAGACAGCUGUGAAGCAAGAACAAAGGAAAUUAAGAUAGAAGAAAAUAAUGAGCCUGCAAAGAGAAAAGUUGGUAGGCCUAAGGGAUCAGCAAAACGUGGUGUAAUGUCAAGUGAUUCAAGUGCCACAAAACGGUUUGAAUGUGAAGUGUGCAAGGCUAUGUUCACUCGCAAGCACAGCCUCAUGGUACACCUGUGUAUUCAUAGUGGACUAAGGCCAUUUACAUGUUCAGGAUGUGGCAAGGCAUUCUCCACAUCGAGCCAGGCCCAGAGACAUGCUCGCAUGCAUGUGCAGACAUCAUCAGAGGAAACUGUAAAGGAAGAACCAGGAUCUGAUACUAUAGCAACUCUGAACGAGAGCAAGGGUGACGAUGAAGAAGCUGACGUUACAACUGAUGAAUUCACGGGCGAUUCUAGCUAUCACUGUGUGCUCUGUGACAUGAACUUUGAUUGUAAACAGUCUUACACACAACAUAAACGAGCAGCUCAUGGUUUGGCAAACCGACCACCUCGAGAAUGCCUGACUUGUGGCAAAAUUUUUACAUGUGCCAGUGCCCUAAAAUGUCAUGAAACUGUUCACACUGGUGCAAGAGAUUUUGCUUGUGUGACAUGUGGAAAAGCUUUCCCAACUAAGACUUGUCUGAAAGCACAUGAAGCAACCCACACUGGUCUGAAACGAUUUGUGUGCCAAACAUGUGGGAAGGCAUUUGCCAAGAAGGACAGUCUUAAAGUUCAUAACCGUAAACAUACAAAUGAGCGUCCAUUUAGCUGUGAUCUGUGUGGACGUUCAUUUGACAGGGCUUUCACUUUGAAGAACCAUCGACUUACACACACUGGAGAGAAAACACAUAUGUGUGCUGUAUGUGGCAAAGCAUUUUCUACUCGUGGUGCACUGAGCACUCACGAACGUAUUCGUCAUAAUACAGACCCUGAUAAACCAAAGGUUUACAAAAGGCGAGCACGUGAUUUUGAACCAAGUGUUUGUGAUCAGUGUGGAAAAGUGUAUUCUAAUCGUGGUAAUUUGAGGAUCCAUAAAGCCAGUGCCCAUUCGACAGAAAAACCUUUCCUAUGCACAGCCUGUGGCCGAAGCUUCGCAAAGAAAUAUACCCUCCAGUGCCAUGCCAGGAAACACUCCAAUGAGCGCCCCUUCCCAUGUGAUCAGUGUAACCAGUCUUUUUACCGUAAAUCAACUCUAAAAACCCAUAAACUUCGCCAUACAGGUGCACGACCUUAUGUAUGCCCACUGAACUGUGGUAAAGCUUUCACACAAAGUUCAAGCCUCUCAUAUCAUGUUCGUCAUCAUGACAGACCACCAAGGGCUACAAAUGGAAAGAAACGCAGGAGGAGGAAACCCAAAUCAGGAAUUGAGCCUUCUCCCUUAACAGUAGCUCCACUGGCUUUAGUGGGUCCUGUACUUCAGCCACAGGAACCUCUCCCACCCCCUCCCCCUUUAACAUUCAGUGCUGCAAGCUAUCAGCCAAAUGGAGCACCACCAUGUGGCAACACACAGUCUCUGGCUCAACUCUGAUUGGUCAAUUGUUACAGCCAUGAAUGACAAAAAUAUUGGUAAUUAAGGAAUUACUGUGCAUAUGAUUUAUGUGUUCCUUCAAGAGAUCUUUUAUGUCAUGUGACAUGUUACAGCAUUCACAUUAGCCUCCAAAGUUAAGCAGAUUUGUUAUACUGGUAUAUUUUUUUAUAAUUUUAUUGUAUAAUGUUACACAACUGAUAUAUACUACUUCAAAGUAUGAUUGAAUCUGCAUUAUUUUAGUCUCUGUUUUAAAUAUGAAUAUAAAUAAAGACAAGAUUAUUGUUUAUUCCAAUAAUAACAACAACUCAGUCACUUGUUUCAAAACUUGAUUCAUAUCUGUAAGUUUCUAAAAGGUCUAUUUCACAAUGUGUUUCAGAUAAAAAAUUACUUGUAAACUUAGCAUGUUGAUAUAUUUGGUAGAAAACAUUAACAUUUGUUUCACAAGGCUGCUCUGAAAUAGUAGUAGUUUUGUGGUUUACUAGUUAUUACUAAGGCUUGAGUUUGAACCAACAACUUAACAAAAGAUAGAUAUAGUCUCUCCUGUUUGUUAUACCAUACAGAUUAGAUGUAAUUUUCAGUCUUUAAAUUGAGGUACUAAGAAGAGGUAAGCAGUUAGCUUUAUGCUGUGACCAUCUUUUCAGCAGUACCCCUUGAGAGAAGGCUGUGUUGACAUGGUGAAGUAAGAGUCUGAACACUUCUGAACAGUCUAGGCUAUAAUUAUUGCUGUAACUCAUGAGCUAGGUGUCCAGAAAAUUUCAAGUUGUAGGUGUAAAUAUGGCUAAUAUGAACAAAUACUGUGUUUUUUUAAUUGUGUAUGUUGCUAACCUGAAACAUAUUUUUACCAUUAUCAUUUGUAUCCCACUGUUGCAUCCUUUUUAGAAAGGAUUUCUAAUUCCCCUUUUACUGAUAAUUUGUAGUCAGUGAAGCAAAGAAAAGGCAAAUGAAGUAACAAUUUAAAAUACUGUAUGUAAAUGCAUUGUUCCUUAGAGUGCUAUAAAACAAGCAUAAUUUAUGAAUCUUCAUAAAUAAAUACUAUUUAUCUCUGGAAAGAAAACUUAAAACAUGUUGUACAGCAUUUCUGAUGAAUAUUGAACUCACAAAAUUCCAUUCACAUAUUUAUAAAAGAGUUGUAUGCCUUGCAUAUUGUAAUUUUUGAGACAAUUUAUGGUUCCACUAUUAUGCGUUCUUUUGCAUGAAGUGCAUAGCAAGACUGCAUUAUGGGUUGGUUGUGUGUGACCAGCCAUCAGUAUGUCCAGUCGAUUCAACUUGAGAACCACUAAGUGGGUUUCGAUAAAAUUUGAUGUGGAGGUUAUGGUAUUCUGUAUGGCCUCAAAAUUACACUUUUCAUUAACCUACAAGUGGUGAUGAUAAAAUGAUGGAUGAAGAAAGUCGUGAGGUAGACAUUUAGGUUCUACAGUUUGGUGGCCAAAGUGGGAACUAUCAAUCAAGGCACAUUUAAUACCUCUAAAUGCAUGCUGAAAAGAAAGCAUUAUGAUAUUAUGGAAUAUACUUUAUGAGCUUGUUUUUAAAUACAGAUGGAUUGGAAUUGAAUCACCUUCUAAUCCAUGCUGAUGAUAAUUUAUUGGGCAAAAUCAUAGAUUCUCUAUUAGGUUAUAGUAAGCAGUAGGUCUAGAAAUAAACAGAGAGGAAGAAACUAAGUACUGUGGCUACAAAAAUUUUUGGCUGGUGAAAUUUUCAAAUGGAAGGCUAGGAGCAAGUCACUUCUCCAUAGUAUAAUAAUGUUUUGUCAUCUGCCACCAAGAAGUACAGUCCAUGUAAAGAAAAUUAGACCUGAUAUAUACAUCCCGUAACAGGCGGUGACAAUCUUUACAAGCAAUGUUUUAAACAAAAAAGAACAGAUUGUGAUCAUUAUAGUCUCAACUAAAGAUAACUAGUGCAUUGGGAAACCAUGGUCACCUCCUGCAUGGAGAACAUCUAACGCUGUGCUUCUCAGUCAAGACCGUCCUGUUAUUUCUUGUCUUCUCCAACACAAAACGAAGCUCCAUCACAAUGUUUCUCAAACUAGUUCUACUGCCUUUGAAAUAAAUUCUGUCACUCAGUCUCAGAAAUAGUUUAGAGAUAGUUGCUGACAUUUAUGAAUUAAGUGUUGAAUGACACUUAUCGGGAAACCUCUAUGUCAGACACGUUUCAUCACUUUGGAUGUUUUACCAGGUAAAAUGAAUGAAGUUCCUUGGACUCAUACUUUCUCUGGUCUCCUAAAAUUCUUCUAAUUGCCUUCCAGAAACUUAGUUUUCUCUUCCAUGCUCUUCUGCAGUUUCAGCGGGUUUUCUGAAGGCACUUGUCCCUUUGCCUCCUGUGCUUCUUUCAUCAUAAAUUUGUGAAUAUUCAGAACAGCUAACUGCAUCCGCCCUCUUUUCAUCAAGGAAUCUGAUUUUGAAUGUAUUGGUCUGUUUGUGUGGCACUGCUUUGUCAACAACUCUUUUUACCCUCACCAGUCUUCAUCUGUACAUCUGACAGGCAUCGCACCUUGCUAGCCAGCCAUUAUAUACAGAUGUGAAGGUAAUGCAGUUAAAUGUGACAGCAACUAGCACCAUCUUAGAGCACAUUAAAUGCUCUGUUUGCAUUCAACAUUUCAAGAAUAUUAGUAUUCGUCACCACUGUUAUUCUCACCAGGUGCUUUGUCUGUCAAAUUCCAGCAUGUAACUUGAAAAGUAAGGAUUUACUGCCCAAUGUUUAUAUGAAGUGACAUCAUUCCUUCUGGAUGUAGAUUUCACCACUAAAAUCUGUAUGUCUAACAUCGAAUCACUCUGUAUAAUAUUCACUGGUGAUAAAUGGAAUACAUUAAUAUUACUGAUAUGUAUGUUGUACAUAGAAGAACUGUUCCCAACAGCUGAGUCAGCACUCACUAAUAUUUGCCAAUCAAGUUAACAGUGGCAGGAUGCUUAUCCCAGAGAUUCUUCCUGUAGUUUGAGAUUAUUGGUAUCUUUACUUAUUUGUAUAUAUUUGCAUUUUAUUUAAAAAUGGCGUAUCAGACUAUAUAAUGUAAACAUACAGGAUGCUUAGUGAAUAAUACACUUGAAAGCAUACGGAAGAAGUGCUUGUGGCCUGAUUUAAGGUAUUAUCAUGGACUAAGGAAUUGCUUGAGAAACCUCAGGAUAGCUGUUCUCUUGGCUGAGAUUUGAAUGUAGAAUCUCUCAAAUAUGAAGGAGGGGUGAUAACCACUUGGCAACUUUGUUCAGUGGUAGUUUCACUGCCUCACGAAUGUGGACUAUGUUAGGCGAUGACUUAAUGAUAAACAUGAUCUACCUUUCCAUCAGUAUUUGUUGGGCCUUAUAAUGCCUAAUUUUCUGUCUUCUUUCUUUGUUUCAUUUUCUAUACUUCUUGAAAAGUGAAGUUUACUGAUGAAGCAUGUUAAGUGCUGUAUACCUCUAGAUUCCUAUAAGGCCACAUCAAAAGCAGACUAGAGAUGAAACAAACUGGUAACCUGUUGUACUGUGUUCUGGUGAGAGGGUGGUGUGGUGAGGUAAGGUUUUUGUGUUACUGAUACCUAAUGACAUGAGAAAAGUUAAAUGAUUACAGUGCCUUGCCUUCUUGUGUAUGCUUCCUCAGAUUUUCAUGGGACAGUAUUUCUCGUGAAUAUGUCCCAUCUAUAAGGCAUAAUAAUAAUUAUAUUGUGUUCAGAUGCAUUUACAUGCUUUAUUAUAAGAAAGAGUGAAAUCUCUUCACUUUAUUGUGGUGACUAUAAUAACUUGCAUUACUGAUAUUAAUUCUGUUCCCUGCAAGAUUUAUUAUGUGAGCAUUAAUCACCAUAAGCUUAGUAUAAAAGUAUGAGACUUUAAAAUGCAAGAACAGUUACAAUCUUCGAGACUUACAUUCUUCAUUUCAUGUUUGGAACAAUUUAAUAUGCCUCACAACCUGUUUUGUAGGAAACUUAUGAAUUUAAUUAGUAUAUACCACAAAUGUCCAGUCUUUGAUAAAGUUCAUUAAAAAUCUGUAACUAUGAGUAUGGUGUGAUUGAGACUUUCUACUGAAUAUAACUGGUUUUAAAAAUAUUUGGCUAUGGAAAUACCUCAGUAUUUUAACAAGAACUGAUCAUUAUGUAUUGUGAUUUUUGCUGUAACUGUAUUUAUAUUUGUUUACACUAAACAUAAAGCAUAUUGUGUAGUUUAUAACAUUUUGUGCAGAGAAUGUUUUAUAAGAAAUACAUUGAAAUUCUUGGCUCAGAAACAAAAGCAAAAUAUAAAAAUCUGCUAAUUUAAAGGUAUAGACUCUAAUUUUGAAAAUAAAUUCUGAAUUUAAGUCAUGUGCCUUCCAUUAUAAUACUUUCCAGAGCAUUAUUUUUAUUUCUGUCCAUCUAUGGGGUUUCUUGAGCAGAUUAAGCCUGACUGUUCCCUUGAGGCCACAAUCUGCAAAUUAAGACUAAAGUACUUCGGUCAUAUCAUACGAGCCGAUAACAGUCUAGAAAAAUCGAUAAUGCCUGGAAAAGUGGAAGGUAGUAGGCAUAGAGGAAGACCCAGGAUGACAUGGAUUGAGGAAUCAGGGAACUCUGUGGAAAGACCAUGGAAGAACUGAGGACAGUUACUAGAGACAGAAGAGGAUAGAGGGAUUUUGUUCAUAAUGUCACUAGGGGUCGGCCCCGACUCGAUGGUACCUGAACUGAAUGGGGUUUCUACUUGAUUUCUUGAAACAUGACCCUAAAACAGACUUAUGGAGACAAAAUAAAUGGGACCAUUUUCUUAUAUAAUCAGUGCUAUUAAGCCAAAGAAAAGGCUCCACUGGCUUGACUAUUAAUUUGGCUAUAUCAAGAUUCACUUCAGUGGUUUAUUCAUGACACAAAAAUAUUUUUAAACGUUUUAUUGUAAUUUCAGUGACUGAAAAAAGAGGAAAUGUUUUGUUUUCUAAGUUCUCCAAAAUACUUUUGAUUGAAGUCUGUAUGUUAAACUUCAGAAUGUAAUCAAAAUCUGUUUUUUUUUGUACAUUUUGCUUACAUAACACACAUAUGAUGCUAGCUUUAUUUUCAACAGAACAAUGCUCUGAACUACCAUGUUACUGAAGCAUUUGAACAAUUUUAUGCAUAACAUGAGCACAUAAUAAUUUCUACAGCAUGAAUAUGAAUAAUCGGUAUUUCAGUAUCAGUAUUUUAGACAAUUCUGAUAACAUUCAUUCUCACACACACAAAUUAUUCAUUAUUGAAAUUUGCAGACUGACUGAGCAUCCUGACAUGAAUCUUUAGUUAUAAGUAACUCAUUCACCCACUCCAUGAAGAAAAGUUGUUUUUGAGAAGCUAACAGUACACUCAGUGAGUUAAUAAAUUCUAUGGCUGUUAUGGUACCUGAAGGUUCAUUACUAUGUUCACAAGAGCCUGCAACAAAUCUCUAUUCCCAAGCCAGAUGAAUCCAAUCCACACCCUUAAACCCAAUUUCAUUAUCAUCCUCUCAUGUAUACAUAGGUAUCCUGAGUGGUCUCAACCCAUCAAGCCUUCUAGCAAAAUUUUAUCGGCAUUUCUGUCAUGCACACUACAUGCCCUGUCCAUAUGUACAAGUUAUGGAGCUCCUCAUUAUGCAAUUUUCUCAACCCUCCUGCCACUUAUUACUCUUUGGUCCAAAUAUUUUCCUAAGCACCCUGUUCUCAAAAACCUCAAUGUGUGUUCUUCCUGUAAUGCAAAAGGCCAAGUUUAACAUCAAUACAAAACAAAAGAUAAAAUUAUAGUUUGCAUAUUUUAAUCUUUACAUGUUUGGUUAGCAAAUGAGAAGAUAGGAUUCUGAACUGUGCAGGAGCAACCAUUCCCAAAAUUUAGUCUGCUUUAAAUUACAUAUAAUUUGGUCUUAUUUUACCACAUUCUGUUUGCAGAUAAGUUCCAUUAAAAGUCCAAAAAUUAUAUCAGAAGAUAUUUUGUACUUACCACUUGCAAGUUUAAGACAUGGUAUGUGUAAAUCAGCUAGAAUCUGUCCUAACACUUCUUUGGGACACAGAUGUGCCAUCAGUAAUGCUUUAAUCAUUGUAGAGACAGCUUCUUUGCUUGUGUUUCUGAGUCGUUACAUUAUUUUACUGUAACAUACAUAGUAAUCUUAAUUAUAACCUUGAACUACAAAUUUACGUGGUACAUAAUGCUGUGCAUAUUUGUGAAAUUAAGUUACACAGGAAGUGGUACACAGACUUAUCACACAGCAAUAAUAUAAGAUGAAAAAUGACUGGUGAGAAAACAAUGAUAAGCUAAUAUAAAGAAGUGCUGCAAUCCAGGGAAUUCCAAGGCAGGCUUACAAUUACUGAGCCACUGAGAAGUGAGGCGACUUCACAGUUUUAUCUUUGGCAUUUUCUAACACAGACAAUCCCAAAGCAAAUUUCACUUUGUAAGAUUUAUUUUCUAUAUAUGAUUUUACUAUUAAAGAAUUACUACAUUUGAAAAUUGUUAAUCGAACAAUUUUAAGUAGUUCCUCAGCUCCUUCUUAAUUUGUAGAGUCCAUUGCGGUUCUGUUACAGAAAUCUGCAUUGGUUGUUGUGAAAUGUUUCUUGAACCACUUCUUAGUAUGGAAUUUUAUUCUGAAAUGAGGGUUUCAGUGUUUUUAUAUUAGCACAGAGAAAAAGAACUUGACUACAAGAUGCAGUGGUGUAUGUCACGUACGAGCAUACAGCUUAUUGCACAGUUCUUUGCCAAUCUUGUUAUAAGUACAAUUACUUUAUCUAGUUCCUGAAUGAUAAGAGGGUGUAAGUUGAUGGUAAACAUCCUUGUUAUAAUUUUAAUAAUUUGAUGAAGAUAGUGAUCCUGUAAACUUGGAAUUUAAAAAUGAUGUGCCAUUUAAAUUUCUUUACACUUUGUCGGUGUAUUUCCUUUUACUUGGGAAUAAAAUAUUGUGUUUAAACGUCACACGUCUCCAUGAAUAAUGCGAAAUGGGAAGCCUUCUCAUACAUGUAAGACCUACAUACAGGAAAUUAAAGAAUCUGUAGGCCUAUUACAAAUACUUAUAUAGUAUGUGGUUGGCUAGUUGUACUGAGAUUAUGUGUGUAGAAUCCUGUACUAGUAACUUUAUGUACUGUCCUAUUAAUAGCCAUAUGAUAUGUGAGAGUAUUAAUGUAUAAACAUAUUUAUAGGCAUAUGAUUUUUUAAAACUCUUUUUAAGGAAUGAAAAAAUAUAAAGAUAAUCGAAAUAUGAAAUGCCA